AUGCGAAAAUACAAAUAUAAACAAAAAACUGCCGGCAUUGUUUUGGAGGCUGCAUUGACAUUGUAUUGGUCAUGAUCUCCUCCUCUUUUCAAUAUAUUCUCUCCUAAACCUAACAUAUACAUACAUAUAGAUUACAUAUAACUGGUGGGAUUAAAUUGACGGGGUAGUUAGGAAUAAUGGAGAGAAGGAAAGGAGAGACAGGGGAUUCUGAUACAAAAGAAUUUGAAGAAAAUGGAGAGGUGGCAAAAGAGACAUUGGAGAGAGUCGCUGCUGCUAAGAAAUAUAUUGAGAGCCACUAUAAAUCUCACAUGAAACACAUUCAGGACCGCAGGCAAAGGCGUGCUUUACUUGAAAUGAAGUUAAAUUCAUCAGAUGUCUCAGAGGAGGAGCGACAGAAUCUCUUGAAAGAGUUGGAGCGUACGGAGACAGAGUAUAUGCGAAUUAAAAGGCAAAAAUUUUGUGUUGAUGAUUUUGAACUUCUAACAAUCAUUGGGAGAGGAGCCUUUGGAGAGGUGAGAGUGUGUCGAGAGAAGAAAUCUGGAAACAUAUAUGCAAUGAAGAAGCUAAAGAAAUCAGAAAUGUUAAGCAGGGGACAGGUUGAACAUGUUAAAUCUGAAAGAAAUUUGCUUGCUGAAGUAAAUAGCCAAUUCAUUGUGAAACUAUAUUACUCGUUUCAAGAUGCCGACUACUUGUAUCUAAUAUUGGAGUACCUUCCCGGUGGUGACAUGAUGAAUUUGCUGAUUAAAGAAGAAACUUUAACUGAAACCGUUGCUAGAUUUUACAUUGCGCAAACUGUUUUGGCCAUAGAGUCUAUUCACAAGCAUAACUAUAUUCACAGAGACAUUAAACCUGAUAAUCUUUUAUUAGAUAAAGAUGGUCACAUGAAGCUCUCUGAUUUUGGUCUCUGCAAGCCUCUUGACUGUACAAAUUUAACUACUAUUAGUGAGAAUGAAUCACUUGUCAGUAAAAGCAAUUCAGAUAGUGCGAAAAAGAGCUUUUGGAAGAGCCCUCGGGAAAAACUUCAACACUGGCAACUAAAUAGGAGGACGCUGGCAUUUUCAACUGUUGGAACACCAGAUUAUAUAGCCCCAGAAGUACUAUUGAAGAAAGGCUACAGUUUAGAAUGUGACUGGUGGUCGCUUGGUGCUAUAAUGUACGAGAUGCUUGUUGGUUAUCCCCCAUUCUAUACAGACGACCCAAUGUCAACUUGCAGGAAGAUUGUCAAUUGGAGAAGUACUUUAAAGUUUCCAGACGAUGCGAGAUUGACUCCUGAAGCAAAAGAUCUGAUCUGCAAGUUGCUUUGCAGUGUUGAGCACCGGCUGGGAGCAGAUCAAAUCAAAGCUCAUCCUUGGUUUAAAGACACUGUGUGGGACAAACUCUAUGAAAUGGAGGCAGCUUUUAAACCAGAGGUGAAUGGGGAACUUGAUACCCAGAAUUUUUAUCAAUUUGAUGAGGAGAUUGAAGAUACAACGCCAACAAGGACCGGUUCUGGACGCUUUAGUAAGAUGAAAGAUCUGAAUUUUGUUGGCUAUACCUACAAGAAUUUUGAGGCUGUCAAAGGGUUACGGCGUUCUGGAAGGAGUACAUCACCGGAUCGUCAGUCUACUGAUUCUCCUUUAGGUGAUUCUCCAAUAGGUAAUGCUGGCAAAUAGAUGCAUGAUAAAAUGUUGAUGCUUGUAAACCAAUAAGAAGUUUAUCGACAGGCCACUUAGUUUUUAUCAGAUUCUUAAUCUACUCAUUUGGUGAAGCUUUAUUGCUUAGUAGUUUACUACUACAUUAGUUCUGAAGAAAUUUCUUAGGGAUAUGUCUAGUUGUAGUAGGGUUUACAGGAAGAAAUUCAGCGCGCACAACGGGAUGCAGGCUUAGCAGAAUGAACAAUGUGUAGCAGUUUUGGUUGGCUUUAUGAUUUUGUUUCUCUGUGAACUAUGUAUAUAUUUUGAACCUUGUCACUGAGAUUCCAUAACUUUAGAACCUUGUGUACAUGUAUAACAUGUCCAAAGGUGUAAAAAAUUAAAUGUCUGUUGUUCUUUGAAAUUAGCAAGAAUUAAUAAAGCUUAUAACAGCAGGAUAAAUUUGGUAAUUUUAUGUAUUGGGGUAGCCUAGUUUUAAGGGCUAUACCCUAGUUAUCCAG